AUGCCACCACACCGAUGUGUGGAAUGGCUGGAAGAUGCUACAUCUAGUUUGAUGCUGCAUCCGAACGAGAAUGAGGAGCUGGAAGAGCUUCGACAGGAAGUGAUGCAGCGCCGCGACGUCGCGAUCAUCGCAUGUAGCGUGGAGAUUGUGGUCUCCGUGGCGUCAAUGGCCCUGUACGAUUUGCGGAGGACUAUCCUCGUUCCGAUCGCCAACACAGUGUUGACCCUCCUGGCCAGUGUCGGGUUGCAUGGAGCUUUGAGAUUGAGACUGCCACAGAUUCAGGUUCAUGGAAUUGUGACCACGGGUUUGCUGAUUGCAUGUUUGGGCAAUUUCCUUUGCGAGGAACUCUUGAGUCACGCUGGUCUUGGCAGCAACACACUGCCUGGAUGGCUGGUGCUGAUCGUUCUUUUCGUACCGUAUAGCCUGAAUCUGGCUUGCUCAGUUAUGAGUCUGAGACUAGGCAACACUCUCAGCGAGUUUCUGGAGGAAGAGGAUUUGAAUUGUGGAUUAGCGAGCGACGAUCGUCUUGCUGAACAGGCGGAACAGGUCAGCGGACAGGAUCGUUGCUGUGUGUGCAUGGACCAGCGCAAGGACUCUGUGAUCACACCAUGUGGACAUCGAGCUGUUUGCAUCGUUUGCGCAAAUGUCCUGAAGGGGCGCGGCCGACAAUGUCCAGUGUGUCGCAGCGCCAUCAUUGGUGUGGUGCGGGUCACUGCCUUACAGAGGAACAACAUGGCGGAGAAGCAGAAAAGGAUAGAGAAGACGCGAGAAGGAGUUCCCAUUUGGGAUGGAGAUGCCGGAACAUAUCAGGAGUUUGAAGAGAGCGCUUUGCUGUGGGAGCAAUCCAUAGCGAUGCACAAGCGCUACUUGUGCGGCCCGAGGCUUCUCACAGAGCUGACGGGCACUGCUCGCAGGUUCACUGUGGGCAAGCAUCCCGAAUGGCUCUCCUUCAAUGGAGGCGUGCAGCGGCUUCUGACGUACCUGAGGUCAAACUUGGGCCUUCCACAGAUGCCUGAACUGACGGAUCAUUUGAGCCGUUACUUCCGGCAGUCCAGGCGCAAGAAGGGGGAGACCAUGAAUGAGUACGUCACUAGGAAGUCAGAACUGUAUGCAAGAGCUAGGCAAGGACUUCACAGGGUGAUGUCUCACUAUGAGAAAAAGAAGCCAGCGUGGGAGAAGAGCUACGGCGGCUAUAGCCGUCCGGGGUCCACCGACCCUUGGGCCAACUACAGGAGGACACCCUCCCUGGCUGGCAGUCAGAACCUGAGUGCUGAGGAGAUUCAGGAUGAUCGGGAAGCGCUUGCUCGACCUGAUGAUCAAGCUGAGGCCACCGAGGAUGCAACUGAGGAGCGAAGCUCCACUGGUCCAGGUCCUUCAGGAGACUCCUGGAGUUAUCCGGACUGGUGGUCAAAUGACUGGUGGAGUACCUCUUGGACACCUUCCGAGAAUGCCGACUGGAAUGUGGAAGCCCCUGAACUACUACCAGAGUAUGUCCAGGGCUGGUACCUCUUGUUUGAUUCUGGCCUAGACACCAACGAGCGCAACAUGGUCGUGGCAGCCCUGAAGGGCGACUUCACUAUGACCCGAGUGGCACAGGAGCUACGCAGCCAGUGGACUGAUGAGGACUUGCGUCGUCGAGAUGCAGCCAAUCGUCACUCCAGCUGGUGGGUGGAUGAGAAUGAAGAGGCCGAGUCUGAGGACUAUGACACUGCCUGGGUUGCCCAGGCUCACCGCAACUUCAAUGACGAGGGCCUCGCACGCCUGGGUGAAGCUGAAGAUGUGGCUCAAGAAGCCCUAGCCAUGAUGGAGCGCGGGCGUCGCACCUUGAAAGAGGCCAGACAGAAACAACAUCAGGUGAGGAUGUCCCGGAAGUACUACCGCACCAACUUCAAGCCCUCUGGAAGCACUUCGGCUGUAGCUUCGGGCACAGAUCAAAAGUGCUUCCGAUGUGGUGGUCCUCACAAGACUUCAUCAUGUCCAAAGGCAAUGGCAACAACGACAGCCUCUUCAGCCGAAGAGCAGGCUGCACCUUUCAUCUGUUUUGCACAAGACCAGAUCACCAAGGACCAUGAGAUUGUGGAGCCCUAUGUCCCGGACGACCACGAGGUGAACUACCUGGAUGCUGGGUUCUCCGAUGCUUGCCCAGAGGCCUUCUUUGAUGUUGCCGACACCAGCAGCAUAGGGCCUAUCUCCACUCAGAUGGCCGUCGAGCAAGGCAAGGCUGUCGUUGAUGGAGGGGCUACAAAGACCCUUGGCAGCGUGGUGGCCCUCGAGAAGAUCAUUGCCCUCAACAAGUACAAGCAUGGGACUUCUCGCCUGGCCGACCUUGACUUGGAGAACAAGCCUACGUUUGGUUUUGGAAAUUCAUCAAAGAACCAGUGCGUGUCCACAGCCUCACUCGAGGUUCAAGCCGAUGGCAAACCUGGACAAGUACAAGUACAUGCGUUGGAUGCGGGAGCAGGACCUGUGCUGUUCUCCAUUGAGUCCUUACGGGCCUUGGGAGCAAUCAUCGACUUCUCCGAGGACAUGGUCGUCUUCCGCAAGAUCAACCCGUCCAAGAUCAUCAAGAUGGAACGUUCGGCCACUGGCCAUCAGCUGCUGCCCAUGACUCAGGAUUGGUACAGUGAUGCUCAGAGCACUGCACAGCCAGUGCCAAAGGAACUGGUGGAAGAGCUCCUGAUGACCUUUGGCGAAACAGCUCCAAAACAGUGGAGCAUCAUGGAGAUCGAGAGCCGCCUUUUGGAACUCAAGGAAGCCAACGGGAUGAUCACUCAAAAAGGGAAGGUACGGCCACCGAUGCGCCAUGCCAUGAUCGAGCUGAACAAGGCCAGCAAGAAGAAGUCCGACCUUGUGGACUACGUGAACAACAAGCUCAUGGUGAAGACCCGCGGCACCGAGACCAUUCAGGAGCUGCAGCGCUUGGGCACCAAGAAGAUCUACCAGACCACAGCCGCCUCUCCGGAGGAUCCUGUGGGGUUCGGGGAACACUGCAGUCUGCAGUACCACGAGCUUCUAGCCCAACACCCACAGUAUGCCAGUUGGGUCGCGAAGACCGCCACCGAGGGGGAAUGCGACUACCGCCUGGCCCGUCUGGCCAAUUGGCUCCAGAGCCCAGAGGCACAGCAUCCGAUGCCGACCUACAAGCAGACCUCCAGCGGCUACAAGAACACAUCGACGCCGGCCAGCGGCUCGAAUGGCAAGACCGAGAACAUGAUGAUGCAGAUGAUGCAGAUGAUGCACGCCCUCAAGGAGGACGUGGACAAUCUGAAAGCCGAGAGGCCUCACAAGAAGGUCGAAGCAUCCAGUGUCUCCGAGAUGACAGAGUCAUCCACAGGCUCUUUCGUGCCGAUCCCACAAUUGAUUUCGAAUGCCUUUGAGGCCCUGCUAUCACACCAGCGCAUAGAGCUGCUGGAAGUGGCAUGUUCGGCCGACAGCGUGCUGUCUCGCACCAUGCAACAAAAGAAAGGUGACGAGGGUGCGGUGGGCAUUUGUGAACAGGCUAUUCAGGGUACCAAGACUCUCAUGAACAAAAUAGCUGAAGAUGACCCAGAAGUCACCGCAGCAGAAGCUCUGGCUGAAGCCACUAGGACCUUUAAUAGCCGAGAACUGAUCCGAGGCUAUUCGCCCAUCCAACAUGCCCUUGGCCGCGCGCCUGAUGCCACCGGGCGACUUUUCCCUUGCAGCCCAAGUGAAUGUCCAGAGCUGCUGGUAGAGAACGCCUCUGGUGAGAUGGAUCGCCAGCUCCAGCGAAUGCAAAGUGCGGAAAAGGCCUUCCUUGAAUGGACGGCAAGCCGGAGACUCCAAAAAGCCAAGAACUCAAAACCCAGAGAUGUCACCAACUAUGAGCCAGGAGACCUAGUGUAUGUGUGGAGAAAGCAAGUGAGCGGCCAAGCAGCCAUUAAGGGUGGCUCGUUUGUGGGGCCAGCCCGCAUCCUGGCGGUGGAGCAACAUCGCUCUCCCGACGGGACCCACAAGCAGGGCAGCUCAAUUUGGUGCGUCAGAGGGAGAAGACUUCUCAAGUGCUCCCCAGAGCAACUACGUCGAGCCUCCGAGCGGGAGGUCCUCUUAGAAGAACUACAUGCCAAACAGUACGAUGACUGGGACUUUGAUAGAGUAGCUCAACAACUUGGAGGGAACGAGUUUCUGGAUGUGUCCACCGAGGUACCCUCUUAUGCAGAAUGGCUACGAGCUCAAGAUCCAGUCCAAGAAUGGCAACCAAUGAGAAGAUGUGCAAGAAAACGAGGCCCCAUGGUAGAUGAGAUGAGUGGCAUGGGACCGGCUCCUCCAACAUCCAGGCCAACAGAGCGAUCCAGGAGUCCAACUUCCAGGCCUACGCCUUCUACAUCCUCAGGAGCACCCGUGUCACAGAGGCCUCGAAUGUGUGCCCAACAAGGCAUGGCUGCUGCCCCACCAUGGUGGAACCAGUCAAGUAUCCAGGAAGUGUUUGCAGUCACCGAGAGCACCUUCUGGAUGGAUGAGACCGCGGCCGUGGCCGUGGAGGUUCCCAUGCCAGACACACGUGCUGGAUCUGAACGAGCUCUUCGAGAUCUCCCUUCUUAUUUUGCCAGUAGCUUGAAGAAACGGUCAGCAGUUGAAGUCUGUGAGCGUCACCUAUCUGAGGAAGAGCGACAACAGUUCCGAUCUGCAAAGGCCGUUGAAGUGAGUAACUUCAUAGCUGCCAAGGCUUUUGAAGCCCUUCCAGAGAAACUUCGCCCAGCACGCGAACAAGCAGUGAAGAUGCGCUGGAUACUGACAUGGAAGCAGAAGGAGGAUGGCAGCCGAAAGGCGAAAGCCAGAGCCGUCCUCUUAGGAUACCAAGAUCCAUGCUAUGAACAGAGAGCAACGACUUCUCCAACCACGACUCGCCAGACCAGGCAACUGCAGAUGCAAUUAGCCGCUUCAUAUCGCCACAAGAUGCGAAAAGGUGAUGUGACAGGUGCUUUCCUGCAAAGCAGGCCAUACCCUGAUGACCUUUUUUGUAUACCAUGCCCAGAGAUCUGUGAAAGGAUGGGACUCCCAGCAGAGUCAAUCACCAAAGUGAAGAAAGCCUGCUAUGGCUUAGUUGAUGCGCCCCUGGAAUGGUAUCGUUCCAUUUCCGAUUUCUUUGCAAAACUCGGAUUGCAAAAAUGCUGGAGUGACGCAU